AUGCUUCCUUCGUCAAUACUCAAAAGAACGGUCCAAAGGGCUCCAAGGUUCCUCCUCACACCAAAGUCUUUACCCGUUAGAUCAUUCACACAAUCUACAGUGAAAUAUAUUGCUCAUGAGGAAGACCUUGUGGAUCUCAAAACAUUACCAAGAAAAGAAGAACCAGAAAUUUAUGUUCCCUUAAUAAACCCAACUGAAAAGUAUAAAGUACAAAUUGAAGAAUUGCACAAGUUUGGUACUUAUAUUAUGGCAUGUUUACCUAAAUUUGUUCAACAAUUCUCUGUAUGGAAGGAUGAAUUGACAAUUUAUGUUGCUCCUUCCGCAUUGAGACCAGUCAUGUCAUUUUUAAAAUAUCACACUUCAGCUCAAUUCAAAGCAUGCAUGGAUGUUACUGCAGCUGAUUACCCAUCAAGAACUAAUAGAUUUGACGUUGUUUACAACUUGUUGUCAGUCAGACACAAUUCAAGAAUAAGAGUCAAGACAUAUGCCAGUGAAACCAGUCCUGUUCCUUCGGUUACACCAUUAUUCAACGGUGCAAAUUGGUUUGAAAGAGAAACUUAUGACUUGUUUGGUGUUUUCUUUACUGGACAUCCAGAUUUGAGAAGAAUCAUGACUGAUUAUGGAUUCGAAGGUCACCCAUUGAGAAAAGAUUUCCCUACAACUGGUUACACUGAAGUUAGAUACGAUGAAGAAAAGAAAAGAGUUGUUUAUGAACCAUUGGAAUUGACUCAAGCAUGGAGAAAUUUUACUGUUGGUUCAUCAGUUUGGGAACCAGUUGGCGAUGGACAAGACUUCACUCCAGAAAAUUUCAAGUUGCCAACUCCAGAACUGGAACCAGAGAAUAAAGAAGAGAAAAAGUAA